UGCUGUCUUAUCUUUUUUUAGAGUGAACUAAGAAAAAUUACUAUUUUGAACAUCCUGUUGUAGCAUAUCCUUUUAUUAACAGUUUUUUAUAUGGCUUUGUUUCAUCCCCGUGAUGCUUUUAUAUUUCAUCAGGAACGAAUCCAGCGAAUAAAUGAGGGGGAUGAGGUGGAUACAUCGGCUAUACAAAAAGUGCAAAUAGAUGUUCAGCGCAUUUCCGAUACUGAAUCUACUGCCCUACUAACCUUUUCACACGAAGAUCACACAUUAGGUAAUCCACUUCGCCAUGUUCUAAUGCAAAAUCCGGAUGUUUCUACAGCAGGCUACUCUAUUCCUCACCCUUUAGAACCGAAAAUGCUCCUGCACGUACAAUCAACGGAUUACGCAGUGGAUGUCGUUACGAAUGGACUGGAGCGGCUUGCUACCAUAUGUGAUGAGACCUUGGCGAACUUCAAUGAAUGCUUGGCAAAGCAAGAACGAAAGUCAACGAGCUAGAUCUAAAUCUCCGCUGGCGUUUAGAACUUGUUCGUGUGUAUGCUAAAAGAAUCGGUGGAAAAUGUGCUUACUUAAGUAUUCGUGAGCUGUUUAAUAAAACUUAAACAAAUAUCUUGUCGUA